GUUUUGGUGUAGCUUGCACACAGAGGCGCUUGCAGCGCAGUGAUCACGUGGCCGCGUCGCCGGCUCCUCUUGAAUUCCCGUCACUCCUAGCCUGAACCUGAGCUGGAGCCUGCUGAUAGACAAUGGUUUACUACUUCACCAGUAAUGUGAUUUCUUCUCCAUAUACAAUCUAUAUGGGAAAAGAUAAAUAUGAAAAUGAAGACCUAAUAAAGUAUGGAUGGCCAGAAGAUGUUUGGUUUCACGUCGAUAAAUUGUCUUCAGCUCAUGUGUACCUCCGACUAUACAAGGGGCAGGGAAUUGAUAGCAUCCCCAAGGAAGUACUAAUUGACUGUGCCCAGCUGGUAAAAGCCAAUAGCAUACAAGGAUGCAAAAUGAACAACAUAAAUGUUGUGUACACUCCGUGGUCUAAUCUGAAGAAGACUGGUGAUAUGGAUGUGGGUCAAAUAGGAUUCCAUCGACAAAAAGAGGUGAAGGUAAUUACAGUGGAGAAAAAAAUAAAUGAAAUUUUAAACCGGUUGGAGAAAACUAAAGAUGAGCGAUUCCCAGAUUUGGCAGCAGAAAAGGAAUCCAGGAACAGAGAAGAACAGAAUGAAAGAAAAGCACAGAUUCAAGAGAUGAAGCGAAGAGAAAAAGAGGAGAUGAAGAAGAGAAAAGAAACUGAGGAACUUCGGUGCUAUUCUUCACUCAUGAAGUCUGAAAAUAUGAGCAGCAAUCAGGACUGUGGCUAUGACUCUGAUGAUUUCAUGUAAAGGCCACUGGAUGCUAAGAUUAAAAACUGUUUGAAACCAAGGUGUCGGCCUGCCAAAUAAUGUUUCUCCUCUGAUUAUAUCUUUUCUUCUGUGGACCAGUGCCAUUGAGGUACAAGAUCUCUGUCUUACCCUAAGAACAACUAAGUUGAAAAUGAUACUUUUUCCUCUAACUUUUUCUCCACCUGAUUUGAAAUUCAAGUGUGAAAAUGCAGUUUUGACUUGUGCUUCACUUGGGCACGUGUUUGAGGAUAAUAGCUUAUUGCUAGAAGUAUUGUCGCUGGAAUACUUUUGAAUUCCUAAAAUAUGAAGGGAGUCCGUUAAAGUAAAGUCUCAUUCGAAAAUGUGUAGAUCAUUCUGGGUAUUGUUGAAAAGACUUCAUGGUUUGAUUUAUGCUGCAGUUAGCAUAAAGUUUAAGCAGUGUGAGUUUACCUACAUGAGGCCUUUCAUCUCUUACUUUACUGAACAUGAGUCAGAUAAGCAAUAAAUCUGGGUUUCAUUGUUGUGUGUUGAAAUAGUUUGUCAUUUGUAUAAAACUGUAUAAGAAUGCACGCUGGUGCGUAUAAUUAAAACAAAAUGAAAUAAAAAUGUUGAAAAACUACAGUAUGAAUGAGUCCUGUGGCUGAAAUGUUAGAUUCUGUAAAGCAAAGUUGAACUAAUUGACUGAUAUCUUUCUGCUACUUUGCCCAAAUGAUUUUGUUCAAAAAUUAUAAUUUGUCUAAUUCCUUGUUUAAUUUGAUUGUGGUUAUAACACUGUUUUCAUCUGAAGUCUUUGAAUUUUAUUGCUGAAUGUAUUUUGUUAAGCUUGGAUUUCUGGCUGUAAUACAUUAGAUGUGUUUGGUUGUUUCUUACCCACUCCAAACUAAAUAUGCAACUAAGUUUUUCAUAAUAAUAUCUACAGCAUUAUUAUAUGAGACAGUCUGAUCUUCAUUCUGGUGUAACCAUAUGUUACAACAUUUUAUAAAUUUUGAUUUGUUGAACUUUACAACUGAACACAGGAUGAAAAGAAUAAAUAUAGAAACAAACAUAUUUGCAA